AAUUUCAUUUUGCGUGUCAAUUUUGGUCGCCAUUACUGUUUUACUAGAAAUUUCCCUGAUACACUGGACAAAUACAAGUUUUCCAUAACCAUGUCGGCUGACGGUGAAAAAGAUAAAUCCAUUGAAAAUAUGGAAAAAGAGAAAGCAGCAGGAGGAGAGGAUACAGCAACGGAUUCUGCAGAAGCAUCAGCGGCCACCACAGCAACAGCCAAACCUGACGCCGAUGACAAGUCCGAAAUUGAGAAAAAGUCGACUGCAAGUGAUUCCGCGGAAGAUAAAAAACUCGAUGGCGAAGAAUCAGCUGAUGAGGAAAAGGCUGAUGGUGCAAAGAAAGAAGCUGCCACUAACGACAAGGAGAAGAAAGACCCAGAAGACGAUGCCGAUGAGGAUGAAGAAGCUGACGAUGCUGUAGACGGUAAAGCCAAGAAAGAAGAUGCACAAAAAGAUAAGAGUGAUGCAGAAGCUGAGGAAGAUGAAAAUGACGAUGAGGACAUGAAUGAUGAUGAAGAUAAAAAGGAAGACAAAAAGGACGCUAAAAAAGAAGUAGUCAAAAAAGAAGCAAAGAAAGAUGCUAAAAAGGCAGAUGCAAAAGAAGAAAACGGAACUGAUGCAGCUUCCGAUGAUAAAAAGAAAUCAAAGGACGAUAAGAAAGAUGACGAAGACAAAGAAGAUAAUGAAAAUGACGAGAAUUUGGUUUCAUUGGCUGAUUUUCCUAGAAUCUUUGACAACAUCAACAAAACUAGAGUUGAUGGUCUUCAAACAUUGCAUAUGAUUUGUUUUGGCAAACAAGGAAAAAACAAUGUUGUCAAGAAAAACAUUCGAUCGUUUGCUGGUUUUGAAUUCGAAACGGAUACUAGUGAAUAUAAAAAGAAAUUUGAAACGAUUAAGAAAGUCGAUACAAAGACUCUUAAGAGUAUUUGUGACAUUUUGUCGUUGGAUCGUAAAGGAACUAAGGAUGAAAUCGCAGAAAGGGUCUUGAAAUUCCUAUUGGAACCAAAUGCCGAUUUGAUUGUUGAACCAGUUGAAGAUGAGGAGGAGGAAGAAGAGGAAGAGGAGGAGGAAGAAGUUGCCGAAGAAGAGGAGGAAGAAGUUAGCGAGGAAGAAGAUAAGCGCAAACGUAAACGACCAAACCAACGAGGUGCUAAAAAUUCCACUGGACGUCCAAGACGUGCUACCGCUGGCAAAAAAACCUCGGCGUAUGUAGACUUUUCCAGCUCCGAGGAGAGUGUUAAGAAAGCCCCUGUCUCAAAACGUCGACGAAGGAAUGAUGAUUCCGAAUCUGGUUCGGAUUAUAACCCAUCUGGAGCUAAUUCAGAAUCCGAAGGUGGUCGUAAACGCCAAGCAGCUCGUCAAAGCGGACGAGGACGACCAGCUGCAACAAGAAAGGGUCGAAGAAGAGGUUCAGAUUCGGAAGAAGAAUCCGAACUUUCUGAUGCAGAUAGUGAUGCGGCACCUAAAAAGAAACGUUCUGCACCAACUCCUAAAGCUGGUCGUGGCAGACCACCAGCAAGAGGAGGUAAACGUGGUUCCACAAAGAAGCGUAAUGAUUCCGAAAGUGAAGAAGAACCAUCAGAUGAAGAAAUGUCUGAUGCCGCUAGUGAUAAAAGUGAGGAUGAUUCAAAGAAAAAGAAGCAGGUAAAAAAACCAUCAACACCUGUGGCAACACCGAAAAAUAGCAAAACUAAUAAUAAAUCAAAGACGCCCUCAAAACCUUCCUUGGCUGCAGCUAAGCCGAAGAAAUCGAAGAAAACUUCAUCUGGAGAAGAUGAAAAAGAUGAAUCCGAAGAUGAGCCGCUUACAAAGAAAGGAAAAUCAGCUUUCCCAACGGAUGAUCAAAUUAAAAACUAUGUGAAAGAAAUUUUAGACAAAGCCAAUUUGGAGGAAAUCACAAUGAAAACAGUAUGCAAACAAGUUUAUGCUAAGUACCCAGAUUUCGAUUUAACAGAAAAGAAAGAUUUCAUCAAGUCCACUGUCAAAGCGCUGAUUGCGGCAUAAAAUCAAACGUAAAGUGUUUUAUUAAAAAAAAAACUUCCUUUUUCUAUGUUUUAAUAUAUAAAAAAAAAACUGUUUCUUUGAACUGUACACACACACAUUAUUCAAAAAGCGACACACCAACAUUAUAUUUAAAAAAAAAUAAUCUCGUUUCGAAAAACACAAAAAAAAAAAAAAACAAAAAAACCUAUUAUUUUUCUC